AUGCCAAUAUUGUGGGAGUCGUCGGCGCUGUCGCCGGUGGGCUCUCUCUCUGGCUCUCAGCAGCAGCUGGGCGGCUGGGCGCAGUGCGCGCUGGCGCCGCGCGCCGCCUACUGCCUCGUGCGCGUGCGCGCGGGGGGGAGGGCCGCGCCGGGGGGGGAGGGGGGACUGGAUGCGUCGGCUGAGGAGUACUUGCAUAAACCCACAAAAUACGGCCGCCAUCUCUACAAGCAAGACUACGGGGUGUGCCUCCCCGCGUCCUGCUCCCGCGCCUUCGCGAGACUGUUCCUGGGCGCGCUGCUGGCGCACGGGCCGUACGGCGCGGUGGAACUCCAGCUCGAGGUGGAGUCGUGCGAGGUGGCGGGCGGGGGGACGGAGUUUACGAUGGAUUUUUAUUUGUUUGUAAUCGCCGCUGCAGCUCUAAUCAUCUUCGUAGCUCUAUGCACCGUGUACACACAAUACGUCGCCACCUCCUCGGACCCCAAAUCCUCCUUCCUCCAGCUAGCCAGAUGUUUCUCUGUCCCGGAUAACUACCGGUUACUGUUCGAGGCUCACCCGGACGAGAUCCCGGAGUUGAACGGCAUCCGGUUCGUGACGUCAGCCGGCGUCGUCAUGCUGCACAGCCUGAUGCUGAGGAGGGCCAUCAGCAAUGGCGUGGAGGUGGAACAGAUGAUAGACAACCCGCUGCUGUGGUGGCUACUGCAGACAGACCUCCUGGUGGAGACAUUCUUCACCAUGUCGGGGUUCCUGCUAGUGCGGUCGGCGCUGGCCCGGCCUGACCGCGGCGGGCUGUGGAGGCAGGUCGUCAGGAGGUACUGCAGACUAGCCCCAGCCAUGCUGGCCGUGGUCUGGGCGCUAUCUUCAGCCUUCCUCCACGCGGGCGCGGGGCCGCUGUGGCCGCGCGAGGCGGGGCUCAUGGUGGCGCCCUGCCGCCGCACCUGGUGGCUCGCGGAGCUCAUGCUGGGGAACUGUCUAACGGGCUCCUUCAUCAUUGACCAUUACCAUAGACUUGCACCAAACACUACCACUCGAUAUUUCUCCCGCACAUUUCUUUUGAGACUAUAAUAUCAUGAUGUACGUAAUUACUCUGUGGUUUCGACCUAACCUAACCUAUAAAACAACAGAUUAACCUAACCUAUAAAACAACAGACUAAACUAACCUAUAAAACCACAGACUAGCCCCAGCCAUGCUGGCGGUCGUCUGGGCGCUAUCAAGACACCUCAAAAUAUCUUUAGAAUAUCUCUUCCAUCCAAAGGUUGUCUGGUAA